CAUUCAUUACCACACAUGGAGGAACUGUUCUCAAAUCUACGAGGGGCUACUGUUUUUUCCACGAUUGAUUUAGCUUCUGCCUACCACCAAAUGCCUCUGCAUCCUGAAAGUCGUGAUAUUACAGCAUUUAUCACCCAUGAUGGACUUUUUCGUUUCUGCAGAGUUCCUUUUGGCUUAGCUUCUGCCCCAUCAGCGUUUCAGAAAAUGAUGUCAAUCAUCCUUGCAGGUUUGCCAGGUGUACAAGCAUACCUGAAUGACAUCAUCUGCUAUGGCUCUACACAAAAAGAACAUGAUGAAAAUUUACGGAGAGUUCUUCAAGCCUUGACUGAUGCCGGACUCAAACUGAACAUGCACAAAUGUAAAUUCAAUCAACCUUCACUAAACUACCUGGGUCACACCAUUUCAAAAGACGGUCUUCAACCAGAUCAGGAUAGAGUCACUGCUGUGAUUCAUGCUCCAGCUCCACACGACACGUCUUCUCUGAGAUCUUUCCUUGGUCUUGCAUCAUGGUACAGUAAGUUCAUUCCAGAUUUUGCGACUGUUAAGUGAGCCAUUACGUGCAGUGCUCAGAGACUCCACAGAUUUAAGCUUCAAGUGGACGACAGAAGCACAGUCUAGCUUCACUUCACUUAAAGACCUGAUAGUCAAUAGUCCUGCCUUAGCUCUGUAUGACCCUGAGUUACCAACCUAUGUUACAACUGAUGCUUCAGACUAUGGACUGGGCGCAGUGUUAACUCAACUGCAUUCAGAUGAAAGUGAGAGAGUUGUCGCUUUUGCAUCAAGAACUCUUUCUUCUGCUGAGCGCAAGUACUCCACGGUCGAACGUGAAGCUCUUGCCUGCGUUUGGGCUGUGGAAAGGUGGAGAACCUACCUCUGGGGUCGUCGCUUUGUUCUUCGUACAGAUCACCAAGCACUUACGACUUUACUCACCUCUAAAGGUUCUGGCCGUGCUGGACUAAGGAUUGCCAGAUGGUCCGCUCGACUGCUCUGCUUUACAUACGACGUCACUUAUCGCCCAGGAAAUCAGAACGUCACUGCUGACUGCCUGUCUCAACUACCACUAACUGCUGAAAAUGAGGCAACAGAGGAACCUGACAUGAUUGCUGCUGUUUUUAAGGAGUCACUGUGUGCCAUUUCUCUUCCAGAGUUCACUUCUGCCAGCGAAAUCUGUCCAGAACUUUCACUACUGCGCAACCAGAUUGAAAAAGGCUGGCCCAAAUGCAAAAAAGGUCUUCCAGAGAACCUUACUCCAUACUUUCAGAUACGACAUGAGUUAUCAGUUCAUGGUUCACUGAUAUUGAGAUUGACAGAUCGACUAGUUGUCCCUGCUUCACUGCGUGCCAGACUUGUUGACUUGGCACAUGAAGGACAUCAAGGCAUUGUCCGUACCAAGCAGAGACUGCGUGAACUUUUCUGGUGGCCACAACUGGACAAAUUUGUACAUUCUGUCAUUGCUUCCUGUGUUAACUGCCAGUUCAGUGAUAAGGUAGCCAUAACUGCUCCUGCUCCACUCACUCCAGUUGAAUUCCCUAGUAAACCAUGGGAAAAAGUUGCAAUAGACAUUACAGGUCCAUUUGAAAAUGCUACAUGGGACUGCCGUUAUGCUAUUGUACUUACAGAUUACUACAGCAAAUGGCCUGAGGUUGCAUUCAGUUCUACUGUCACUACAGAUGUUAUCAUUCGUUUUUUAGCCACUGUGUUCAGUAGGGAAGGUAAUCCGAUGUAUCUUGUCUCAGAUAAUGGUUGUCAGUUUACUUCUCAUGCAUUUAGUACUUUUCUGAGAGAGAGAGAGAUACAGCACUUAAGGUCCAGUGUAUACUACCCUAAAGCAAAUGGUGCUGUGGAAAGAUUCAACAGAGUACUUAAGGAGUGCAUACAAACAUCUGAAAGAAGUCACAGCUCAUGGAAGGAAGCUGUAACAGAAUUCCUGCACAACUACCGAGCUACUCCUCAUGCAACCACCGGAGUAACCCCAUUUGAGCUACUGAGAAACAGAAAGAUGCGCACCAAGUUAAACAUACUCCCAGUAGAACUGAAAAGCAAAACACAUGCCCAAAUACAACAGAGGGUGAAACAAAAGCAAAAUAAAAUGAAGGAAUACACAGACAAGAAAAUGAGAGCUAAAGUACCAACAGUCAAAGUGGGUGACACUGUUCGUGUUCGCAGACCUGAGCACGUUUCCAAAGGAUCUUCAAGAUUUACAGAACCACGGACUGUCAUAAAGAAAGUUGGACAAAACACUUUCUUACUAAGUGAUGGACGCAAGUGGAAUGCUUCAAAACUUGCACACUUCCCAAAACAAACCUUAACUGGUUCAGAACAAAACAGUGAUACUGUAUUUGAUACCUUUGCACUGCCAGGAAACACUAAUGAACCUGCUGCUGUACCUAGAAGAAGUCAGAGAUCUAGAAAUGCACCAAGAUGGUUGACAGGUUUUGUAAGAUAAAGUGAAAAUUAAUGUAACCACUCCUGUUCAGAAUGGUAUUAGUGUUCGGUAAGACAAGUAAAGAUUACUACUGUUCUGCUAAAGUAAAAUACAGUAAAAAUAAAUAGGUUUAAAUGUUCAUCCUGUAAUGCUUAUGGUUAACAGUGAAACUGGUAAUUUUAUUCUAAUGCUGAUAUUCAUUUAAUGUACUGUUGCUACUUGAGCUAAUAUGGUUCGUAAACUUUUCAGAUUACUGUUGGCUUGCUGAAAUGGUAAUUUUACAAACUUAGUUUCCUGCUGUCAGUUAUACAGUGCAAAUGUAAGUAAUUGCUUCAGGAAAAGGGAAAAUGUUAUGUCUUGUUAUUGCAUGUAAAGGACAGCAGGGGGAGC